UGGUUUCUCAACUGUUGAUCGCGUAAUUUACGGUGAAUCUUGAAAAAUGGCGCGUACUAAACAAACUGCGCGAAAAUCGACUGGUGGAAAGGCUCCUCGGAAGCAAUUGGCUACCAAGGCAGCUCGAAAAAGUGCGCCUGCAACUGGUGGAGUAAAGAAACCUCAUCGUUAUAGGCCUGGCACUGUUGCUCUUCGUGAAAUUCGUCGUUAUCAGAAAAGUACUGAAUUACUUAUCCGAAAAUUACCGUUCCAACGUCUCGUACGUGAAAUUGCUCAAGAUUUCAAAACCGAUUUACGUUUCCAAAGUUCAGCUGUGAUGGCUCUUCAAGAAGCUAGUGAAGCAUACUUGGUUGGAUUAUUCGAAGAUACUAAUCUCUGUGCUAUUCACGCAAAACGUGUUACUAUCAUGCCCAAAGAUAUUCAAUUAGCUCGACGAAUUAGAGGAGAAAGAGCUUAAUUUCAUGAGUAUUUCAAAUACUAAAAAUCGGCCC